GAAUUUGACAAGAGACGGAAGUUUUGAUCCAAAUACAUUGAGUGUGAAACCAGAGAUGUACUAGAGUUUAGAUUCUUUCGUUGGAUUAAGGUAUGGUCUGAAUAUGCGUUGCUUGGCAGCCCGGGUCAACUAUAAAACUUUGAUUAUCAUCUGUGCGCUCUUCACAUUGGUCACAGUACUUCUGUGGAACAAGUGUUCCAGUGACAAAGCGGUCCAGUUUCCACGACACUCGAGCAGUGGCUUCAGAGAUGGAAUAGAGAAAAGAGCAGCUGCGUCUGAGAGUAACCCCUAUGGGAACCACGUGGGCAAGCCACAGGCUGAGGAAGCAUUUCCUCAGGAACAGCAGAAAGCGCCCCCCAUUGUGGGCGGCUUCAAUGCCAACGCAGGAAGCAAGGUGAUAGGGCUCAAAUAUGAGGAAAUUGACUGUCUCAUAAAUGACGAGCAGACGAUUAAAGGGAGACGUGAGGGGAAUGAAGUUUUUCUUCCAUUCACUUGGGUAGAGAAGUACUUUGACGUUUACGGAAAGGUGGUUCAGUAUGAUGGCUAUGAACGGUUUGAAUUCUCUCAUAGCUAUUCCAAAGUCUAUGCACAGAGAGCCCCUUAUCACCCUGAUGGUGUGUUUAUGUCCUUUGAAGGCUACAAUGUGGAAGUCCGAGACAGAGUCAAGUGCAUAAGCGGGGUUGAAGGUGUGCCAUUAUCUACACAGUGGGGGCCUCAAGGCUAUUUCUACCCAAUCCAGAUUGCACAGUACGGGUUAAGUCAUUACAGCAAGAACCUGACUGAGAAACCCCCUCACAUAGAGGUAUAUGAAACAGCAGAAGACAAGGACAAAAACGGCAAGCCCAGCGACUGGACUGUGCCAAAGGGCUGCUUUCUGGCUAAUGUGGCUGAUAAGUCUCGGCUCACCAAUGUUAAACAGUUUAUUGCUCCAGAAACCAGUGAUGGCGUGUCUUUGCAACUGGGGAACACAAAAGAUUUUAUUAUUUCAUUUGAUCUCAAGUUUUUGACCAAUGGGAGUGUGUCUGUGGUUCUCGAGACCACAGAAAAGAAUCAACUCUUCACUGUACACUAUGUCUCAAAUACCCAGCUAAUUGCUUUCAAAGAGCGAGACAUCUACUACGGCAUUGGACCCAGAACUUCAUGGAGCACAGUUACCAGGGACUUGGUCACUGACCUAAGGAAAGGAGUGGGUCUUUCGAACACAAAAGCUGUCAAGCCAACCAAAAUAAUGCCCAAGAAGGUGGUUAAGUUGAUUGCGAAAGGGAAAGGAUUCCUCGACAACAUUACCAUCUCUACCACGGCGCACAUGGCCGCGUUCUUCGCUGCCAGUGAUUGGCUGGUAAGGAACCAGGAUGAGAAAGGUGGCUGGCCAAUCAUGGUGACCCGGAAGUUAGGGGAAGGGUUCAAGUCUUUAGAGCCGGGGUGGUACUCUGCGAUGGCCCAAGGGCAAGCCAUUUCUACGUUAGUCAGGGCCUAUCUGCUAACAAAAGACCAUAUAUUCCUCAAUUCAGCUUUAAGGGCAACAGCCCCUUACAAGUUUCUCUCAGAGCAGCAUGGAGUUAAAGCUGUGUUUAUGAAUAAACAUGACUGGUAUGAAGAAUACCCAACCACACCUAGCUCCUUUGUUUUAAAUGGCUUUAUGUAUUCCUUAAUUGGGCUCUAUGACUUAAAGGAAACUGCAGGGGAAAAACUUGGGAAAGAAGCAAGGGCCUUGUAUGAGCGUGGCAUGGAGUCCCUCAAAGCCAUGCUCCCCUUGUAUGACACUGGCUCAGGGACCAUCUACGACCUCCGUCACUUCAUGCUGGGCAUCGCCCCCAACCUGGCUCGCUGGGACUACCACACCACCCACAUCAACCAGCUGCAGCUCCUCAGUACCAUUGAUGAGUCCCCGGUCUUCAGAGAGUUUGUCAAGAGGUGGAAGAGCUACCUGAAAGGCAGCAGGGCAAAGCACAACUAG